CAUUAGCGUUCAAUAGCCAAUGUGCCAGUGUGCAGUAAACACGGCGAGAGCGAUACCUCAAAUCACCCCACUCAAUCCACAAUAAAAGUUCAAAAAACCGAGGGAGUUCCCCUGGCGGAAGCAGACGAUCCCCCCAGCACACACAAUUGGAUAUCUUUGACCUUAGCCAUCUGCGUUGACAUCCGACGGAUUGCUCAUCGUUCGGAGUGUUCCCCCAUCGACAGAGAAGACACACAAACAGAGAUAGAGAUAGUGAUAGUCGUGGACAAAGAAUUGGAGAAUGAGCUAACCGACGGACUGGACGGUGAUUUUUACGAGUGAUUAGCAGCGGAAAGAAACGAAAUCGUCGGUAAUUCACACCGAAAAUGGGCGUUCGUGUGAUAGAAACCGAUUCGGCGAGCGAUUCGUAUGACGAUGACGAGUGCUCCACUUGCCAGAAAGAGCAAGCGUCGGGUAAAUCCCCCAAUAAGAGCAAGAGGAGUUCCACGCCGCCGGAAGCAACCGUCUAUGCCAGCAAGGAUCUGGUGGGCAACUGCAAGGAGUACCGCAUCGAGAACAACUCACGCGAUCUGCGGAUCAUCGGCAAUGGCAACCGGAUACGGAUUGUGAACAACUCCGGGAGUCUGCAAAUAAUCGGCAACAGCACCAGAUUGAAGAUCCAGAGCAAUAGCGGAUCCCUGAAGUACAUGGGCAAUGAUGGGCGCAUCUACCUGGGCAGCAGUUCCACGCAGCAAGUGGUCGACUACACGGGCUGCAAUGGACUGCUCAAGGUGGUCAAGUCCCUGGAUCUCAGCGGCGAUGCCAAGAGAAAGCCCAGCUCUCGAUCGAAAAACCCCAAGCCCACGGAUGCUGGCCAAAGUCAUAGCCAGUCCAGUGGCAUUGAGAUCGACAGCAAUCUCACGAUCCAGCACGGAGCUGGUAACAUUGUGAUCAAGAAUGCCAUCAACGUGAGCAUUUGAGAAUCGGGAGCUCUCUAUAUCAUCAUCGUAGGCCAAAGAUUAAUGCACCGAAACUCUUGCCGCCGAACGCAAAGGUUCCUAUUGACUUCAAAAUUGUUUAGUCAUUUAGUCUUAAUGUGCCUUUCGACUGCUACAAAUAUUUAACAUCACAAUCCAUUCAGCAAUGUCAAGUAUUAACCGCCACGUCGCUAGUCCAAAAAUCCAUUAUUAUUCACAAAAUACCAUACCCACUGAUUAGGGAAAUAUACAUAUGUAUAUGCAUAGUCGUAAUAUAGCGCAGUGUGAACAAAGCCUGAACUUCAUUCCGCGAAUGAAUAAUCUGAUUAAAAAAUAAAAGUAUUUGUCUAAAUA